UUUGUUGCUGAGUCAGGCGUCCUGCUGGCCAUGGGGUUCGAUCGGUACGUCGCCAUCUGCGACCCCCUGAGGUACACGACUGUCCUCACCAAUGAGAAGAUCGGGAAAAUAGCCACGGCCAUUGUCGUCAGAAGCUUUUGUGAAAUUGUCCCUUUUGUCUUUCUCCUCAAUCGGCUGCCCUUCUGCGCCAGCAACGUCAUCCCCCACUCCUACUGUGAGCACAUCGCGUUGGCCAGGCUGGCCUGUGCAGACAUAACCCCAAAUAUCUGGUAUAGCUUUGCAGUGCCUAUUUUAACCGUUUUACUAGACGUUGUGUUUAUCGCUGUCUCUUAUGUGCUGAUCCUCAGGGCUGUCUUCAAGCUGCCCACCAAAGACGUCCAGCGCAAAACUCUCAGCACCUGCGGCUCCCACGUCUGUAUCAUCCUCUUAUUUUACAUCCCAGCCUUUUUCACUCGCCUAAGCCACUGCUUUGGUCAGAACAUCCCUAAACAAAUUACCAUCCUGCUGGCCAAUUUCUACAUGCUCGUCCCCCCCAUGCUGAACCCCGUUGUUUACGGGAUGAAAACCAAACAGCUGCGGGAACAAGUGAGCUUUGUGUUGUCUCGGAAGGGGAAUUGGUGCUAA